AUGGAUCAAGGUCAAUCAACAUCAGCUACCACCUCGAUCAUGGGAAAUGCAGUGGACCUAAAAGAGGAGAGGUGGCACUUUGGUCACGGUGAGAUUUAUGAUGUGACCACCAAGGUGACGCUGUCACAGCUGCGCCUUGUGUGCAGAGCAUUCAGUUCCCUAGCUGCCCCUCUGCUCUUUCGAAAAAUUCACUGCCUUGCCCAUGAGGAAAACCUGGCGCCUCUUCGAGGGCCCUCGGCUUUCUCCAGAAGCCUAUACACCCACCUUGUUCGGCAGUUUGAGGUGGGGAUUCGAGGCACCUGGAAGAGAAGUGAGAGAUACAAGACAUCUGUUCAGGAGCUGGAGAAGGUGCUUCCCGUUUGCCUAAGCCAUUUCUCUAACCUGUCUCUUUUGACGUUUAGCCUUCACCUUCCUGUCACCUCUAACAUCAGCGACUUCUUUGUUGAGCCCAGCUACGUGUCUCCUAUUGAGAGCGUCCUGGACCAACUGCACGAUCUGAGAAUCCAGGUCUGUGAUGACACCGGCCCCGAUGGAAACCGCGCCUUUCCAAAGCUGCCGUCGAAAGUGAAGCGCCGAUCUCCCAUCGCAGACCAUGUCUCUCGCAUAUUUCGCUUCAUCGGCUGUGCCACCAACCUCACCCUGGACCUGGAGAGCGCUGAUGAAUAUUCGAGCUAUUCGUCUAUGCCGGUGGUCAUCGGCUCCGACAAGCUCGUGGAGCUUUUUCGGCAAAUCAGCGAGACACUCAGUUGUGUCAAGUUCGAAGAAAUAGCGCUGCGAAGUGGGACCUGGCGACAAGUCUUCGACGAACUUAGGGGCGUCCCCCCGUCUUCACUAUCUCAAGAUCGAUAA